UUUAGUGAAUUUAGUCGUCGAAUUUCGCAAGUUUCUGCUUUGUCGACGACCGUUGCAAGAUGGGUUUGAUUGAAGACGAAAUUGAUGAAGUAAAACGAUUGUGCUGCAAUGUAAUACCCUGUUCUAAGCUAGUCACUUGUUUAAAUUCUUUAAUUCGCGUGGACAUCAAUCACACAGAUUCUCGACAGCUGACGGUUUGCAUUCGGUUUCCCGUUGACUAUCCUCAAAACAAACUUUUGCUAGAGUUCAAAAGUCGAUCAAUGUCGUUAGUAUUCCUGGAGCGAUUUACAAAAAUUUGCGAUGAAAAAUCUAGCCAGUUCAUCGGUAAGCCUCAGGUGAUGAAUGUUCUUAAAUUCAUAGAUUCGUAUUUACGUGAGAAUCCACUAUGUAUUGUAACGGAAGAAAUCUUCAAUAUUAAGAAAUUGUUGGAGGGCACAAGCGGAGAUCUCAAACUGCGCCAGAAAUCAUCUAGUCUGUGUCUGUCGGCCAGAGGAGGUCCGUUCUUCUAUAAUGCAAAGUUUCGCAUCUCAGAGCGAUAUCCGGUUGAGCGCAUCCAGUGGGAUGAGUGUGAUUGCAACUUACCUCAAGCUUUAGUACGUUUUGUCAAUGGUCAAGCAAACGAGAUUGCCCGCCAAUGCGUCGAAGCACCGCUAAGAAAAAUUAAGAAUAACGAAUUGGAAUUCAAGCCUAAACCAAGCUUAGAGCGAACCUUACGGUUCAUCAUAGCAGCAAUGAAAGGAUUUCCAGAAGAGCGCUGUCCCAUUUGUGAACAGCUGUCACUCCCACCGACCGCCCAAGAGGUUAUCGAAAUCGAUACCGAAGCGAAGUUUUUAAUACGAAUGUUCUGCGGACACGUAUACCAUCAGGGCUGCCUGAAACGUUUUAUGAGCGAACCUCCGUUUCCACCGGGCGGAAAAAUAUGCCCGGCUAAGCGAAAGCAUCCCCGUUCGGAUCGUACCGGUGGUGGCGGGAGGUUGAAGCAUACAACCGGCACGAACAGCGAGGAAGAACUCUGCCAGCAGAGGGUGACCCACGAUAAGUGGGGUUUGAACGAUGUCAAAUCGGCGGAAGCCAAAUGGGCCCACCAGCAGGCCAGGGUUCGGGAGCUAGAGGAAGUGAUCGAUUUUCUGCAGUAGGAAAGUAAAAUGCGCUAUUACAGACCGACAAUUUAAAUUCUUUAUGUGAUUAAGAAAAUACUGUUAGAAGUA